AUGGAACUACAAGAGAAGAUUGCAGCUCUUCAAGCUCAUCAAAUUGAGAUAGAGAAUAGUACUGAGAUAAAAGAAUUGCGACUGACAAAACAACAGCUGGAAUUAAAAAUUCAGAAAUUUGAAGCUGAACUUCAUGACGAACGUGAUGCUCACAAACAUGACAAUUUACGACGGACAGAAGAAUUGCAACGUAUGCAACAAACUUUGGAGUGGCAAUUGCCACAAUUGGCUCAAAUUUGUGUCACUCGAUCGAGUGAUGAAUGGGCGCAAAAGUGUCGUGCGGUCGCAAAGAAAGUGCGAACUGAUUUAAAUUUUUGUGCACUUCAGGAGCGAAAUGAGUUAAUUACACGCGAACGACAUGCAUACGAAGCAUGUGAACGAAUUGAAUUGAAAUUAAAAACUUCAAUUACUGAAAAUGAAUUUUAUCGACGAGAAAUUGGACGUUUGGAAGAUAAUAACAAGAUUUUGCUUGAACAGUUGCAUACUAUACGUUUAUACUUAACACAACGGACAAUACCAAGUGUACCACCUCCUUUCAAUGUCAAGCCACUAUCUGUACCAUCAAAUACUUCGAUCAACUUAAGUGAUAUGGGUACAGUGAAUCAUUUAAAUACGCAACUUGGAAUUUUACACUCUCACUUUCAGCAACUUUUGGAUGUAAAUGACCGACAAAAAUCGACGUCAUUUUCUUCUAAUGAUCGUUUUGAAUUUCCAGACUCUCCAACAGCAUCAAAAGAUGAAAUUUCUGUUAAUUGUAAGAAAUUUACAAGUUCUAACGAUCAAAUGAAACAAAAAGAUGAAAAGAAUAUGAAGAUUGAGCAACUUGCGAUAAAUGCAGUAAUGGAAGAAAAAUUACGCAAUUCGAAAGUUUAUUCAAUGUCAUCGACUUUUCAAGAACAACAAAAGGAAUUACUGACGUCUCUUGAGUCACUUGGAACGUCAAAGUCUCGAUGUUUCUCAUUCUUUCAAGAUUCAAAUAGUCAUGGAAAUGAAGAGAAGGAACAUAAUGACGAACUGAGUUCGACAUUAUGGUAUCAACAGGAUUAUUGGCGUAGAAAGUAUCAAUAG